AUGCGUCUCAUCAACCUCACAUUCAGCAUCCUUGCGGGUGAAGCCGCUCUCGUCUUCGCGGCGCCGGCUGGCUCGGACCCCAACGCAUGCUGCUGCUGUGAUAUUUCACAACCAGCCAUAGUUUGCACCAGCAGCAUCGAUAUCUCCUUGUGCUCCUGCCUCGCCGUGGAGUGCCCAUCAGACGCCCCCGUCAUCUGGCGCGACCUCGACGAGAAGCCUCCAUGUCUACCUACGCCUCCAGCACCGGCGCCCGAGCCCACCUUGCCAGCACAGGGCGACACCGCCGACUGCUGCUGUUGCAACAUCGGCAAAGGGGCCAUAGUGUGCGACUCUAGACCUGUCGACGAAGGCUGUAUCUGCCCUCUGGUUCUUUGCCCAUCCGACGCACCCACCAUCCGGGCUGAGCCUGACAUGCCCAUGCCCACGCCUACACCUUGUCUCGCACCCUCUCCCGAGUCUCAACCUCCCGUCGAAGCACUCAAUGCCGAGGAGAGCUUGGCGGAGUGCUGUUGCUGCGACAGUUCCCAGCCCGCCAUCUCUUGCCGCAUGGUACCCGAGGAGGAGGGUUGCUUCUGCGCCGCUGUGGUCUGCCCCGAAGGCGCACCAACUGUCUGGCCCGAAGGCAUGCCUGAGAUGACCUCGAUGCCCGAGGCACCAGCCUGUUGA